GUAAAAAAACCGGAGCCCCCGAAAAUCGCAACAAAGCUAAAACUCAGGAUGGUGUGGCCUUAGAGAUCCAGCCCCUGAAAAGCCAGGAAGGGGUGGAAAAUGAGGAGAAGGAGAAGAAGAAGGUGAAGGUACCCAAGAAGGAGAAGUCCGUGCUGCAAGGGAAGCUCACGCGCCUGGCAGUCCAGAUCGGGAAGGCGGGGCUGAUCAUGUCAGCCAUUACGGUCAUCAUCUUGGUGCUGUACUUUGUGAUCGACACGUUUGGGGUGCAGGGGCGGCCCUGGCUGGCGGAGUGCACCCCCAUUUACAUCCAGUACUUCGUCAAGUUCUUCAUCAUCGGUGUCACUGUGUUGGUGGUGGCUGUGCCUGAAGGGCUCCCGCUGGCAGUCACCAUCUCCCUGGCCUACUCCGUGAAGAAAAUGAUGAAGGACAACAACCUCGUGAGACACUUGGAUGCAUGCGAGACCAUGGGCAACGCCACCGCCAUCUGCUCGGACAAGACUGGCACGCUCACCAUGAACCGCAUGACCGUGGUGCAGGCCUACGUGGGGGACACCCACUACCGGCAGAUCCCCGACCCUGAAGCCAUCCUGCCCAAGAUCCUGGACCUCAUAGUUAAUGGUGUCGCCAUCAACUCCGCCUACACAUCCAAGAUCCUGCCACCUGAGAAGGAAGGGGGGCUGCCCCGGCAAGUGGGGAACAAGACCGAGUGCGCCCUGCUGGGUUUCGUGCUGGACCUGAAGCAGGAUUACCAGGCUGUGCGGAACGAGGUGCCCGAAGAGAAGCUUUACAAGGUCUACACCUUCAACUCGGUGCGCAAGUCCAUGAGCACGGUGCUGAAGAACGGCAACGGCGGCUUCCGCAUGUACAGCAAGGGAGCCUCCGAGAUCAUCCUCCGCAAGUGCACCAGGAUCCUGGACAAGAACGGUGACCCCCGCAUGUUCAAAGUGAAGGACCGGGAUGAGAUGGUGAAGAAGGUGAUAGAGCCCAUGGCUUGCCAUGGGCUGCGGACCAUCUGCCUGGCCUUCCGUGACUUCCCUGCUGACGCCGAGCCGGACUGGGACAGCGAGAACGAGAUCCUGUCUGACCUGACCUGUAUUGCUGUGGUUGGGAUAGAGGACCCUGUGCGGCCAGAGGUGCCGGACGCCAUCCUGAAGUGCCAGCGUGCGGGAAUCACCGUCCGGAUGGUGACGGGGGACAACAUCAACACCGCCCGCGCCAUCGCCACCAAGUGUGGCAUCCUGCUGCCCGGGGAGGACUUCUUGUGCCUGGAGGGGAAGGAGUUCAACCGGCUCAUCCGCAACGAGAAGGGAGAGGUGGAACAGGAGCAGCUGGAUAAGAUCUGGCCCAAGCUGCGCGUGCUGGCCCGCUCCUCCCCGACAGAUAAGCACACGCUGGUGAAAGGAAUUAUUGACAGCACCGUUGGUGAUCAGAGGCAGGUGGUGGCCGUGACCGGGGAUGGGACCAACGAUGGCCCAGCUUUGAAGAAAGCCGACGUUGGGUUUGCCAUGGGCAUCGCAGGCACGGACGUGGCGAAGGAGGCUUCGGACAUCAUCCUGACGGAUGACAACUUCACCAGCAUCGUCAAGGCGGUGAUGUGGGGCCGCAACGUCUACGACAGCAUCUCCAAGUUCCUGCAGUUCCAGCUGACGGUGAACAUCGUGGCCGUCAUCGUGGCCUUCACAGGCGCCUGCAUCACGCAGGACUCUCCCCUGAAGGCUGUCCAGAUGCUGUGGGUGAACCUGAUCAUGGACACCUUCGCCUCCUUAGCCCUGGCCACGGAGCCCCCGUCUGAGUCCCUGCUGCUGCGCAAGCCAUACGGCCGCAACAAGCCGCUCAUCUCCCGCACCAUGAUGAAGAACAUCCUGGGGCACGCGGUGUACCAGCUAACUAUCAUUUUCACGCUGCUUUUUGCAGGGGAGAAGUUUUUUGACAUCGACAGUGGCCGAAACGCGCCACUCCACUCGCCACCCACCGAGCACUACACCAUCGUCUUCAACACCUUUGUCAUGAUGCAGUUGUUCAAUGAGAUCAACGCGCGCAAGAUCCACGGGGAGAGGAACGUCUUCGAGUCCAUCUACCGCAACCCCAUCUUCUGCACAGUGGUGCUGGGGACAUUUGCAGCUCAGAUCAUCAUUGUGGAGUUUGGUGGGAAGCCGUUCAGCUGCUCCGGGCUCACCCUGAGCCAGUGGUUCUGGUGUAUUUUUAUCGGAGUGGGAGAGCUCCUCUGGGGCCAGCUGAUCUGCACUGUCCCAACCAGCCACCUGAAGUUCCUGAAGGAAGCUGGGCACGGCAUCACCAAGGAGGAUAUCCCAGAGGAGGAGCUGCCUGAAGACGUGGAUGAGAUUGACCACGCCGAAAUGGAGCUGCGGCGUGGGCAGAUCCUGUGGUUCAGGGGCCUCAACAGGAUACAGACGCAGGUACUGUGGAGCAGCGGGUGCUGUGGGGCUCUUCCUUCUUUCUCUUUCUUUCUCUCCAGGGACUCUUGA